AGGGGAGGUGUUUUAAAACUUUCUUUGAGAAAUGACCUCCUUUUGUGUGGCAAAUAUCAAGAAGUCUAUAUAAAGCCCAUUGUUAGUAGGGAUGUUACAUUCUAGUUUUCUUUCUCUUAAGUAAUUACGAAAGAAGUUUAAGAGGCUGUGAGCAGAUUAUAAUAGGCAAGAUGACAAGUAACACUGCUAUUUUUGUGGCUACCCUUAUUUCAUGUUCAUUGCUUGCUGCUUGUGAUGCUGAGAUUUUGUUCUCUUCCCUCAAGAAGAGUCUUGAGGUGACUGUUAAACACAGAUCAGGAGUAUUGAUGGCUGGGGAGGACACCCUGGAAAUCGACUGGUUCUUGAACAAGAUAUUUCCAGCAGGGACAGACUCAGCCUACAAGACGAUUAAACUGAAGCUAUGUUACGCUCCGAUUAGCCAAAAGGAUCGUGCGUGGAGGAAAACAGAAGACCAUCUCAAAAAGGACAAGACCUGUCAGUUCGAAGUUGACUCCACGCCAUACAAGUCCUCCAACAACAAAUUCAAUUGGACAAUUGAGAGGGAUGUUCCAACAGGUACUUUCUUUGUUAGAGCCUAUAUUUUGAAUGGUGAUGGUCAUGAAAUUGGUUAUGGACAGAACACUGAUGACAAGAAGGUAAACAACCUUUUCGACAUCCAAGCAAUUAGCGGACGACAUGCCACUUUGGAUAUUUGUUCUGUUGUCUUCUCUGCUUUUGCUGUUGUCUCCCUCUUUGGAUUCUUCUACAUGGAGAAGAGAAAUGCCAAGGCAAGUAAAUGAUCAUGAUCAUGAUGAUGUGAUGAUGAGAAGGAAAUUAAAUAAUCUCCUUUAUUUUCUAUUGUAUCGUACGUAGACUUUUUAUGUAACGUAGGAACUUGUAACAAUACAAUUAAAUGAAAGUCAACUAGGAAGAGAUAAACUUCCGUACGUGUAAACAAAGCCGCUGUGAUUAAAUGAACCUGCUCCCCCUUAUUUUUGUCA